UUGUACAAGGCUGUUGUGAAUAGCCCUGUACCAUGUGACCUCUGUGAUCAUUCACAGAUUUCACAAGUAGUAAGCAAUGAUGUCAGGAAGUGACAUCUUGUUUACUACUGUUCACGUGAUCACUGAUUGGCCAAUCAGUGAUCACGUGAUUGGGACUUCACACAGAGGUCCCAUACAGCAAUCUGUGCUCUGCUGUGUCUGGAGGACACAGCGGGCACCGAUCGUGGUGCCGCGUGCUCCCAGGCAAUGGCAAAUUGCGGUGCUGCGCGCUCCGUUUAUAAACGGCCACCUGACCCUGCACUGCCACCGUCCGGCCAUUUAUAUGCAACGGCCGGUCGGGAAGUGGUUAAAG